AUGCGACGAUUAUAUCCCCUCUGCCGCCCGGCGAAUUUCUUUCGACCAUCUUUAUGCACCAGGAUUUAUCCCUCGCGGCCUCCGCCCCGACACUGGCUAUCGUCCACCGCGUUGCGACGAUGUUCCUGCUUCGAUCCGCAAGCUCCGUCUAACCCCCCCCCCUCGUCCUCCCAAUCCACCACAACCAAUCCGGACUAUCGCGCUCUCGGGACUUCCCAAGACCUCUUCACUACCUCCCUCUACAGUCCCGGCUCGCCACUCUUCCUCCCUAAUGGUGCCCAUAUCAUCAACAAACUCAUCUCUUUCCUCCGCACGCAAUAUCUCCAAUACGGCUUCCGCGAAGUCCUCACCCCCACCAUCUACAAGCGCUCCCUGUGGGAAGUCUCGGGCCAUUGGCAGAACUACAAGGAUGACAUGUACGAAGUGCGCGGGCGCGGUGCCGACGCCGACGCCGACGCCGACGACCCUACCGGCGAGAACGAGUCCUACGGGCUGAAACCGAUGAAUUGUCCCGGCCACUGUCUCCUCUUCAAAUCGCAAACCCACUCCUACCGAGAACUUCCUAUUCGAUAUGCGGAUUUCAGCCCCUUGCACCGGAACGAGGUUUCGGGUUCCUUGAGCGGGCUGACCCGCGUGCGACGUUUUCACCAGGACGACGGGCAUAUUUUUUGCCGGCCGCAGCAGAUCAAGGGCGAGAUCGGAAAGGCGUUGGGGUUUGUGGAUCUGGUGAUGAAUACUUUUGGGCUGGGGCCGUAUCGACUGGUUUUGUCGACUCGGCCGGAAAAGGAUUUCAUAGGGAGUCUGGAGUUGUGGGACAGUGCUGAAGGACAGCUGCGCGAGGCGCUGGACAACAGUGGACGGGAGUGGACGCUGAACGAAGGUGAUGGGGCAUUCUAUGGCCCCAAGAUUGACAUACAGCUACAGGACCAGGCCGGCAAGUAUCACCAGCUGUCUACGAUCCAGUUGGAUAUGAACCUGCCGCAACGGUUUGAACUGGAGUAUCAGGUCGCCGAAGGAGAAGAGGACUACAACCCCGCCACACCCGGACGGGCGGUCCCGGUCAUGAUCCAUCGCGCAAACUUUGGAUCGUUGGAGCGAUUCCUCGCGUUGCUGAUCGAGCAGUAUGCGGGUCGGUGGCCGUUCUGGCUCUCGCCACGCCAAGGUAUCAUUCUUACCGUCAACCAGGAUGAAAACGUUGUGCAUCAGGCGCACCAGGCGGCGGCUCAGAUCUCGGGAUUCCGUCUCCUCCAGGAUGAGCAUGGCCAGAGUGGUGUUGCGCAACCGCAACCUCUAUCCUCUGUUGACUCGACGUUUUUGAUUGAUGUUGACGCAGGCAGUCAGACGCUUGGGAAAAAGAUCCAACGCGCAAAGCAGAUGAAGUAUAACUUGAUCUUCAUUAUGGGGUCAAAGGAUGUGGCUGAGUCCCGGAUUACGAUGGAUUUGACCGGACAGAUGCAGAGCAAGCCAGAAGGAAAUGCGCAGAAGCUGCAGGAAUUGGUUACGAACCGAUUGGGAGAAAAGGCGUUGAAGAAUCCGAGAGCGGUUCCGCUGAAGGUUGAUGCGGUGCAUGAUCUCCUGAGGGAAAUGGAGAAGCGAUUUGUAUGA